AUGGGGGUAGCAAUAAGUAUCCUAUCUGGGGCCAGGAGUUUUAAAGACUUUGUGGACAGGCUGCAUUAUCCAUUGACGGCUAAUACAUGGGGGGUGGGGGGUUCUGUGGGACUCAUCAUGACACACUUUUUUGAACUUAGCCACAUAAUCUUUGUCCUUCCCAAGUUUCUUUUCUCAGGGUUGCCUCACAUGAUAAAGAGAAAACGAGAUGAUUCUUCCGUGAAUCAGCCACAUGAUGCUGCCUGCUGCAAAUAUGCUUUUCAUAUUAUGUCAGGUAUCUCUCAGUGUAAGAUAAUCUCCAUUAGGAAGUGACUCAGUGACCACACAAGCUUUUUGUACGUAUAUUGAUUUCAGUUGAACUGCAGAAUGCGAGUGCAAAUAGUCGUUGAGUAAUACCCUUGAUAUUGAGAAGUGCUGAAAGGAAACAAUUUUUUCUCUUUUCUGUUCAAAAUUGAAAUUAUUGGGCACAUGAACCUGGGUAUAUAAUUUAUAUCCUUGCCCUCUAGAAGUGGUUGGGAGUGAGACCAGCUACCCAGGUUCAUGUGUCCAGUAAUUUUAAUUUUGAACAGAAAAGAUAAAAAUUAACUCUAGCCACGGAGACUGAUCAAUCAUCUUAUGGUGUACCCAGCCCAAACUGAUUCACAUUGAGUGCUGUUGAGUGAGAGCUCAGUGGAAGUUUCUCACACUUUUCUAUUCCUAUCCUUGAGGGCAAUUGAAGAACUGCAUUUGCUACCAGCAUGAAAUCCACAGUAUGUUUUCUGUUUCAUGAACAUAAAACAUUUCCGGAAAACCAGCUAUAUAAACAAAAACAAGUCUCUGAGUUUUGUGCCAAAAUCUGGGAGUUAGGAUAAAUGGUUAGAAUUAUCCCACCUAACUUAGACGGAAGGGGCAUCAGCCUAAAUUUGUGCUUGACUUUGAUUAAAUAGUAACCACAUAAAUUGUGUUCUUCAGUGACAACCAAUAAUUAUUUUAAAAAGGGGGAAAUCAGAAUUAGAAGAACCAAUGGCCUGUCUACAUUCUGUGUGAAGCCCUGGCCUCUUCUCUUGCUUUGUACUGUUUUGUGUGCCAAGUCUUCAGUGGUCUUAUCUAUCCAAUUCUGUAUCUUACUCCAUAGGGCUAACUACCUGCAAAUGAACAAGAAGUAAAAAUAUUUUUGUUUGUAAUGUCUCUUUUGAUUAUGGAGCAAUCUCAUAAGAGAACUGUGGUGUUUUGGGGAUUUGUUGAGAGUUUGUCACUUUUUGUGCUGUUCCUAAACCUACCAGUUUGCCUGUGAAAUCUUCAGAAUGUAAUUGUUAUGAUAAUCUCAUGUGUGAAUGUUCUGUUUCAGUGGUGGAUUUUUAUGCCCAUGUGAUCUUUUCUUGGAUCAUGUGCUUUACAUGAUUGGGCUUUUGUGAGACAGUAUGUAUUUUCCAUUACUGGAACCAACAUUUCAGCAGGGUUUGAAUCUGAUUAAUUAGAAUUAAAUAUCAAAUUUCAAUCUGCUCAGAAUUUAGAAAUGUUAAACUGUUAUUUCUAUUUGUAAUUCUUUGAGGUGAGAAAGCUAAACUAAAGAAAGUUAAAAAGUUACUCAGUGCUCUGGAACAUUCAGUUUACCUAGUUUUGAAGUUCAAAGUUGUGAAAGUCAAAGACUAAUCCUAAACAGACUCAUUAAGAAGUCUCAUUAAAAACAGUAGGAACUAAUUUUCUGAGCAAACAUGCAUAGAAUUUCUUUGACAUUUGGAGCAAUUUCAAAUGUGUUAUGAAUCUAAUUUAACUGGACAUUUGUUUAUUUUUAUAUUUCAGAUUUGUUCUGGUUCUUACUAUUGUAUUAA